CACACCGCAACGCUUCGGUAUACAACCGUCCGACCAAACCUGGUCACUUCUUAAUCCACUGAUCGCAAAACCAUCUCAGCUUCCUUCACAAUGGCCCCCGCAACAGGGUUUUACGCAUUCAGCCCAACAAACAUCCGCCUCCGCUCCCUCGCCCUCCUCUCCCUCUUCCUCCUCUCCCUCAUAAUCCUCUCCUCAUCCCUCGAAUACAACAAUAUCUCACUCCCCCACGUCCUCUCCUCAUGGCGGACGCCAGCGGAGAGGGUGGAUACGCACAAACGCGUCGAGGUACGGUUGGACGUGAUGAGUCAGUGUCCAGACGCCCGGGAUUGUGAGGAGGUAUUCGCGGGUGUCGUGGAAAAGGGAGCAUACAUGAUAGACUUCCACAUCGACUACAUUGCCGCCCUCACACCAACCAAUGAUAUCACCUGCAAACACGGCCCAACCGAAUGUCUCGGAAACAUCCAACAACUCUGUCUCGCGCAAUCCUACCCCAACCCGCACCUCUCCCUUCCCUUCAUCCUCUGCCAAAACCUAAACCAGUCACAAAUCCCCCAAAAUGGCGCUGCAUGUCUCGUAUUCCUCGGCCUCGAUCUCAAAAAAUGGGAGCAAUGCGUCGAAGGGGACGAGGGUAGGGGGUUGUUGAUAACCAGUGCAAGAGGUGUGCAGGAGAGGAAUGUGACGAGGAGUUGUACGGUUGAGGUUGGUGGGCGGAAGGUUUGUGUUAGGGAUGGAGGGGAGUGGAUGGAGUGUGAGGUUGAGCCGAGUAUGGAGGGGUUUUUGGAGUUGAUUGCGAGCGAGUAUGAGGAGUUGAAUGCGGAUGGGGACGUGGUGAAGCGAGGAAGACGUGCUCGGUGGGGUAUGGGACGAUCACUACGAGGAACGUUUCGGCAGAAUUGAGCGAAACAGGGUAGGUAUAUUGGUCGCCGUCUUCGCCCCAAGCUCUGGUAGUUACACCUUCCGACCGAGCAUGAUAUUCUGCCUCCUGAACUUGAUAUAUAUGCUGGGUACAUUCCGUUAUACUCGUUCGUGGAG